AUGAAUCCAACUGUGCUCUCGCCAGCAUCACCAGCAGAGCUGCUGCAUUACUUCGUCACCUUUCAACCCUACCCAACGACACUCCUCAUCUGCUAUCAACGAGAAGACUUCAUCUCAUAUCUCGUAUCCGACGUCCGGAAAGACCUGUCCGAACAAGACUAUGAGCAGCCUGAAGACCUGCUCCCGCAACCGCUCCUCUCGGCGACACUUCUCCAGACUGCAAUUGCCCGUCACAUCCGCGUCCUCUUCAUUCCGAGCGUUACACAUCUGCGCGCCUUCCUGUCCGCCUUUGGCACUUCAGACUCCUUGACGCCGCCUCCACCAAAUGUCGCACUACCAGGCCCGAAGAGCCGGCCGCCCUUGCUCCUAGUGUACGGAUUUCUCGACCUCCAUCGCGAUAGCAGCGAGUGGAGCGCGCAAGGCAUGAGCAGCUCCGCCGCCGUGCUCAUUGAGGCUGCUCGGCGCGCCGAAGUCAAGUUCAAACCCGUCAUCGUUGAGCCCAAAGGUGCAGGAGGGCAUAAUGAUUUCAUUUCUUUGUUGCGGGAUGAUGCGCCGGUGUUGAGUGGGAGCUCAAGGAGGAGCGAGGGCGUCUGGAUGGGGAGAACCGUCGAGGUGAGGAAAGUCUUGGGCCGGUGGUUCCGUUUCCAGACUGGUCGGUGGGAUAUCACUUAG